AUGGGUGAAAAGAGCAAGAAAGGAAAAGUACGCAGUGAAAAGGAUGACAAGAAAACAAACGCUAAAACCUCUAAUGAUGAUUUGUGUUACGAUGAAAAUUCAGCAGACGGGAACGACUUCCAGGAACUGUCCGCGGUUAAAGACGAUAGAAGUAAAAAAGAGGAAGAAGUAAAAACAACCUCUAUGGAAAUAUGGAAAGACAAAAGGUUACGGAUAGUGAUUUUUAUUGCAGGAGUAUUACAUAGUUUUCAGAUAUGCGGGAUAACUUAUUUAUUGCAUCGAAAUACUACCGGACGAGUGUGUCUGCAAUCUUAUCACAAAGUUCCACUACUAACAGACCCCGAGGGCUCCUCGUCAGUAUCAGAAAGAAUCAUAAAUGAUGUUAAGGAUUUAAAAUUUUUACACAACGAAUUCCACAGUUAUGUCAAAGACAGGCAACAGGAAACGGAGGCAUGGGUGAAUGAAUUGUCAAACUGUAACAAAACGUUGGAUUGUAUGAUUAAAAACAUAACUGAUUUGGAAGAACACAAGCAUAGAAUUUUACAAAGUAUUAACGUUUUGCAAAAGAACUACGCCAACAAAACAGAAGAAGAAAAGCAACAUCUAAAGCAGCUAGAGGCAAACUUCACAGAAAAGAUGCUAGAAGUGAAGCAAAAUAUAAGCCGUUUUCAUGAAGAGGUUAAGAAGAAUAAUAGUGAAAUAAAUAACGAAAGAAGAUUACUUGAAGAAAUACUUCAAAAUAAUUUAUCGAUGAAAUCAAGAGAACCAUAUGUUGAACUUGACAAGAAAUUCGAUGACCAGAAAAAGGAAUUUGAUGAACACAAGAAUAAAAUAUCUGUUGAUAUUCAAAGAAUAAAUGCAAGCAUCACAAAGCUUGACGGGAAUUUAAAUGAAUACAGCAGAACUUUGAUGAGAAAAGAAGAGACUAUUGAUAGACAAUUUACUCAAGUCAAUCAGAGUAUAUAUGAAUUACAAAAAAGGGUCAAUGAAAUUGAUGACGAAGCGAAGAAGGUUAAGGAAGAAGUUGAUGCCGAAAAAAAGAAAAUUGAAUCCACUUUGACUAAUAUUAAAAACAUCGAGGAAAACAUAAACCAUUUAAACAUUCAUAAUAAAGAAAAAGAUGAGCACACCAAAGACAAAUUUAGUUACAUCGAUCAAAAAUUGAAAGAAUCGAAAAUAAUGAUGAAGGAAUUUAAAGAAGGAGUAAAGACAAUUUACAGAAAAGUUAAUACCGAAAAGAGGAAAGUUGAAUCUACAAUGGUUUACGUCAAAGAAGUGGACGAUAGAAUAAAAGAAUUACACAAUCAUACCACAGAAAACGAAAAAGAAGUCAGGGAAAAAAUUAAUAGCACCGAGGAAAGAGUGACAAUGGUUGAAAAAGAAACGAAAAGAAUUAUAGAAAAAGUUAAUGACGAAAAGGAGAAAAUUGAAUCCAAACUGGCUGGGGUUCACGGGCAGUUAGACUACUUCUCUCUUGAACUAAAUGAUAUCAAUCUGUACAUUGUGGGAUUCUUGCUCCUAGUGGUAAUGGCUGUCAUUCUCACUGCAUACAAACUUCUGAUACCAUCACCAGUACCUUCUUAUCAACCGACAGCAGCAAAAUCUGCUCCGCAACCAAGGGUAGGAGGGAAGUUUUCAUCUGAAAUUGUUGAAGGUAUAUCUAGACAAACUUUGGAGCCAGGGAUAAGCCUCAUAAGCUUCAACUCUUCUUCACAGAAGUUUCACAUGAACCUUAUAGAUGCAGUCCCUAAGCCUACUUCUACAAAAGUCCAUCCUUGCCCUAUCCAAUGUUCGAAUGAUAUCCUAAGAAUUAAGCCCUCUAAGGUUGCGUUUGUGUUUGUUGACUUUAACGAGAGGAACAUCAUUCUGGAGGACCCGGAGACAGAAAUAGGUGACCUCCGCAGACUGACCACUGAAGGACUCCUCAAAAUGGGCUGUGAUGUUUUUGUUGUGUAUGUGAGAGAUAGAGGCUCGGAGACUUUAGCACCAGGUCAGCUGUACAACCCCCAGCUCUACUCUGUUGGACAUCACUCUCUACUCUCCAGACUCAGGGAGAGAAACCGUGUGUUGUCUGUCUAUAACAGCUUCCUCCCACACCAGGUCAAGUUCCUCGAGGACUCUCUCAAAAGGUUGUGAUUCCGAGUUCCAUCUCACCGCUGUGAUAUAUUUGUUAUCCAAUCGCAACAAAGUUGGAGGGGAUUUAGUAAGGCAAUAAUGUGUUCGUUUGUGAGUGAGUUAUUGAUGUACGAAAUAGAAGUGAUGUAAUUUGCAUCGGAAUGAAUGUUGAAUGCUGUGUUGAUUUAAAGAUACAUGUAUUCUUUUUGAAAGAGGACGCUUCGCUCUGCAGUGCCCUUGUUUUAUAUUGUUUGACAUUUCAAAUGAUGUGGUUUUCUUAUUUUGGUAAUUUACUUAGAGAAAUACAAAUAAAAUGCUUUGUGUUUAAAGUCAUCUACUCAUUAAAUUUUGAGCAAUUAGAUAUGUUUAA